CUGACAUCACUCGGCGCGGAGGAGGGCAGAGCGGGAGGAGGGUGGGGUGACCCGGAGAGCCGCCCAGCGCGAAAGGAGAAGCCUCGCCGCCGCCGCCGCCGCCACCGCGCACAGACAGACGCUCGUCCGCCGCUGCCGCUGCCGUUGCGCCCGGCUCGAGGGGCGCGUCCCGUCCAGGGAGGGCAGGAGGACGAGGUCGCCGCCGUAACCAGCCGUGCCCAGGGGGACGCAUCCUGCUCCGGCGCUUCCUGCCGCCGAGAUGGCAGAAUACAGCAGCCUUCUGGAGGAGCUGGCUGAGAACAUCACCAAUGAAGACCUGGACCAGCUGAAGUCAGCCUGCAAGGAGGACAUCCCCAGCGAGAAGAACGAGGAGAUCACCACCAGCAAGGACUGGUUCAGCUUCCUGGAAAAGCACAAGAAACUGGACAAAGACAACCUCUCCUACAUCGAGCACAUCUUUGAGAUCUCCCGCCGCCCUGACUUGCUCACCAUGGUGGUCGAGUACCGCACCCAAGUGCUGAAGAUCUCUGAGGAGGAUGAAGUGGACACAAAGCUGACCCGUAUCCCCAGUGCCAAGAAAUACAAAGACAUCAUCCGGCAGCCCUCCGAAGAAGAGAUAAUCAAACUGGCUCCGCCACCCAAAAAAGCUUAAAGUGGGGGGGGGGGAGGAAGGGAGCAGCUGGGAGGAGGAUGACCCCCCCACAACCCCCCCCCCUCUGCUCCACUGUGCCCUGACGGUUCCAGCUGCCCCUUCUGGCUACACCCUGCCCUUUCUUCUGUGACUGUCCGCCUGUCUUGUGGGACUGGGGUGGGGAGCAGCCUUGGCCACUAAUGGAGUCUUAAUUCCAACCCCCCCAACCCCUCCUCCCCACAUACAUAUCCCCCCCUUGCCACUGACUGGUGUGGGUGAACCCUCAGGGGGGAGGCUGCUGGGACAGGUGUGGGGGCGGCCAGGGGGCUGCAGGACUUGCUAUGCAAACAUGGCGCCCACCUCUCCCCAAUUGCCACUCCCUCCCUUCCACGCACCCACCCACUGGGAAAGGGCAGACCCCCCCCCAAGUUUAACACCCCAACAAAAUCAAGAGCCUUGGCCUGUUGUUGUUGUUGUUGUCGUCCUUGUUGUUGUUAAGGAAGAGGUGAGGAUGGGCAGAGGAAGUUGGAUAGGGGGAGAUGAGAUCAGGUGGGUGGGUGUUUCGGUUUUAAGAAGCCACUGGGAGCCCCCCAGUGCAGAACCAGCGCCAGGAGCUGGCAUUGAGGCAUCAGUUUGCAGGGAAGAAAUUGGGGUGUUAGAAAGGACUAGGCAAAGAGGGGCAAGUUUAGCAAGCAAGGAGGGGAAGGGAACGAGAUGGAGAAGGGUUAGGAAGAAGUCAUGGCAGCUUUGCUUGUGGGAAAGCCUGAGGGGGCCCCUAGUUGCUCAGAUGUGCUGGGGGGGCCCUAGGGCCACAGAACAGGGCCCUGCAGUUUCCCCCUCUAGAAUUGUCACCCUGGCUAUACACCCUGCCAGUCGCCCGUGAGGCCUCGCUACCACUCUUGACCCCUCCAAAGUCAGCCAAGUACUGCAGCUUAAGAUUUUGCUGACAUCCCGGCUCAAUGCACACACAGAACGAGCGGCGCACUGGAGAUUUGCGCAUCUCACAGCAGCCACACUCCUCUUCAGCCGCGCAACCUGCCAAGACUUCUUUCGGCUGAGCCAGACACCCUAAAAGGCUUUUUUUGGGGGGGACAGCUGGUUGCAGAGGCGAGCUGCGGAGGGAGGGCAUUAACAUUUUCUCCCAGGGUGUUAUCUCUGAGGCGGAGGGCUAGGGUGCUGGAGUCCCAGGGCAGGGGUGCUAAGUACCUGCUGAGCAGGGAGGGGGACAAGUGGAAGACAGGAGUUGUGGGGGGGGGGGAAUACAGCUUGAGAGAAAGAGAGAGGAGAGAGAACAAAAGUUUGUGUGGAGAGAGCUGGGUUCAAUUUGGGGGUCUGCUCCUUCCCUGCCAGUCUGUGCUAACCCUGGGGUGGGAGAGCAGGCCUUUCACCAGGAGGCAAGCUGGGGGGGGGGGGGACACACACACCAGCCCACCCCCACUGGCCUGCCAGCCUCCUUGCCUGCCCCCCCGACUUUGUGCCUUUCCUCGGUGUUGGUCGUGCUGCUGCCGCCUCUCCUUCAACUUGCUCCAUGGGUGCCUCUUCCUCCGUUGUCGCCAGAGACAUUGACCCCUUCCUCCUCCUCCUCCUCCUUCCUCAGGGGGCUGACUUGGUGCCACUUCUGCCCCAAUUCAGUCCACCCCCCCACCCCCUGCCUGCUGGCUCGCCUUGAGCGGAGGGCCAUUUCCACAGGGGGCCAACCCUUAAUCGCCGCGUCUUUUUCUUUGCCGUGAUUUCUACUCAGUUCGUGGCUGCAUUGUCAUAGAUUGGGGGGGGACUGGUAGGUGGGGGGGCCAUGGGGAUGGUGGGACCCUUGAGGCUUUCCCUGUGGAAUUGCCUGCCUGCCUGUUGGCCCUCCACACACCCAGGAGACAGCCUGAUAUGGAGGGCAGGCCUCUUGAUGCUCCCUGGUUGCAACAGGGGCACCUCUGAAGCAACCAAGGCUACCAGCAGCCUCCCCACCUGCCCAGACCCAAGACAGCCGGUGACACUGCUUGCACGCACUCAUCCUGCAUCCCUGCAUACGAUCAUCGAGACACCCGUGUCUUAAAUAAAUCAGGGAAGUCCUGAGGGGCCACAUUUCUGCUUACAGAGAAAUACGUGUUGCCUCCCCCUGCAGCACAUGCAGCCCCCUUGGGUGCUGAGCAGCUGCCGUGUGUGUGUGUGUGUGUGUGUGUGUGUGUGUGUGUGUGUGUGUGUAAGCAGGCUAAAAGUGUUUAAGGAACAAUUGGGGGGGGGGAACAGUAAUCCACAUGCAGCAAGGAGGAAAGUGGGAUUUGUCUGCUUCUCUCUGUCUCCCCACACAGUUUGUUUCCAGAUGGAGCCAGAUGAAGACAGCCUCCCUGCCUCACAUGGCUGCUGGGGGUGUAGAGGAGGAGGAAGGGAAGGGGGGGCCAUGUGACUGUUUCUGAGCACCCAAAGCUGUGAUCCUGGCUGCUGCGUUCGUCUCUCUGCUGCAGCUUCCAUUGCACAUAUAUUGCCAUUAAACUAACUGCACCUGUUUCUGGGGUGGGGGGAGGAAAACGCUUCUCAGUUGUUGUUUUUUUAAAAAAGAGACCCACCCAAACGGUGGAACUUGCAUCAGACUGCAAAAGGAAAUAUAUAUAUAUAUUAUUUAAUUAACGCUGAAAAACUGCGCUGUGCAUCCUGGUGUUGUUGGCCAGGUGGUAUUUCCUCCUCUUUUCUCCCUGCCCCCCCCCCACCUUAAAGCGAGACCACCUGCUUCUGCCCUUCCCCCUUGCAGGUAGUGUUGUGUUCUUUUGUGUUACGUAUCAACAGGUGGGCUAGGUCUGUGUUUCUUACAAGGCAUCUUGUUUAGGUCUCCCCUUCCCCACCCCCCUGGCAAUCCCGCUGCCUCUCUACCCACCACACACAGCCUGAGCCUUGCCUUCAAUCUCUCCCCGUCCCCCCAAAUUCCCUGGGUCAGGAUCUCGGCCGCAGUGGGUCGUUCCUGCCCAACCAGAUGCAUUCCUGGCACAAAACUCCCUCGGUGCGUGUUGAUGUGCAAUGACUGUUCAGAAGUCCAGAGAGCUGGCGGAAAGGGGGAGCGAGGUGGGGCGGGGAGGGCUCCUCUGGAGCAAGGCAAGGGGUCAGCGGCAGGAGAGAGGCAGGCAAUGGCCCCCGUUCGAGAGAGGCAGGCUGCCGUCCCUACAACCACUCUGCACCCCCCCGCCUGCCUUCAGUUUGGCAUGGUGGGGCCUCGCCACAAAGCACCUUCUCGCAAGGUUGGCCGUGCACAUCUGGACACAACUCCAAGGGCGCAUGGCACACUCAGCCGGGCUCUCAGCACCGGGCUUGUUAUGCUUCUGGGUUGAGCCAAGCCUAGAGGAAGGGGCCAGAGCAUGUGGACUCUCCUUCGCCGGAGGUUUUUAAGUGGAGGGCCAUCUGUCCUGGGUGCCUUCGUGGUGAUUUAGAUGUGGGAGCUUGGGCUAGAUGUUGUUUCUGAUUCAGCAAUUCCACGACUGUGGAAGGGGCUUCUCAGCCUCCUUGCUCUUCCAGAGGUCAACCACAUUUCAAAUCAAGAUAUAUAUAGAGUCUGGGGUCCUGCGGAAAAGCUAUGAGGAGCGGUAGCAGAGGGGAGUGUUCGCUCUCGGCUAAGGGGGUCAGGGACACUGGGGAGGGCUCUGGGCUGCUUGCACUUGCUUGCUGCCCUCCUAAGAGAAGCCUUUGUGUGAAGACGUGCAGAAGCGCUUCAGCAAACGCUGUUGGAGGUGCAAAAAUUGCGCAGGAGGGGAAGGGGCUGCUACUGCCGCCUUUGCCUUCUUCCCCCCCCCCCCCGACUCCUUCCAAGGUCCUACCAUAACAAAAAUCAGCCCCAGGAAGCCUCUGCCUUCUCAAAGCCAAAACCUCAGCAGAAGGGUGGUCUCUGGUUCAGCUGCCCUUAAGUACCCACACCCCUAAGACACACACUUCUGAUGUUUACAGCUGAACAGUUGGUGGUGGUGAUGUCAUUGCAAAUUAGCAAAUUGGCAGCGGGUAAAAAUAGUGUCAAAAAAGAAACAGGGUGGCGGUUGGGGGGGUGAGGCUGGAAUUAAAAAGCGAACAAACAGCUCAAAACAAAGCGAAGAACAAAGGAGCUGAUUAGGAGGCAGCUCAGAAUCACAGGAUGCAGAAAACACUUUUUUUUUUUUUUUUUGCUUUGGGGCUAAAUGCCCACCACCCUUGGCAUGGCCAAGUCCUUCACCACUCUUAAAGGGCAGCCCUUGCCUGGUCUCCGGAUGAAUGCGCCUCAAAUAUUUUGCAAGGCCAGUGACAUUGCCGGAGAGAAAGGAGGCUCUCUGCUAGGUCAGGGCUGGGGGUGGAGAGGCAGACACACACCUGUGUGGCCCUCCAGCUGUGGUUGUGCCACACACACACCCUGGGUCUCCAGGAUGUCAGGCAGGGGAAAUUCCCAGCCCUACUGGAGACAAUGCUGGGGACUGAAUCUGGGGCCUUCUGCAAGCCAGGCAUGUGCCCUGCUGCUGAGCCACCAAUGAGCAAGGCCCUGCAAUGUUUAAAAGAACCUCUUCCCACAAGCCACAUAUAUAUAUAAACACACAUACACACAAAAGCAACUUUGCACAUACAGUGGACGCUCGGGUUGUGAACGUGAUCCGUGCAGGAGGCAUGUUCGCAACCUGCAGCGUUCACAAUCUGCGACCCGCGUGUCUGUGCACAUGCGCAAAGCGUAAUUUAGCGCUUCUGCGCAUGUGCCGAAACCCGGAAGGAACCCGUUCUGGUACUUCCGGGUUCUGCGCAGUGGGCAACCCAAAAUUGCACAACCUGAAGCGUCUGUAACCUGAGGUAUGACUGUAAUGUUAAAUUAACCCCACCACAACACUUUCUCACCUCCAAGAUGAGCACAAAGAGACAAUUUCCACGCAGACAGAAUGUUACCAGUCAAACCAGUGUGCCACCUCUGGUGUCUUAGAUUUAAAAUUCCGGGACAUGGUCAGGGUUUUUAUUUUCUUUUAAUAGUACAAACCCCUCCUCCGUAUUAAGUUCAGGUGCAUGAAUUGUAGUCCGCUGCAGCCGGACAGAAGCUCCAGGAGCCAGAACAGGGGAAGGAAACACCCAGGCCCCAAUCCUGCCUCUCCGCCAGCUCUCUCUACUUCCUCCCUCCCCAGCUGUCCCUGACCCCUGACGCUCAGACCGUGCUAACUGUGUGUACAUAUAUAUUAUAAAUAUAUGUAUAUUAAAUAUAAUAUUGAGUGUUUAGUGUUAACUUAUUCUCUCUUUUUUUGUCAAGUGGACCAAAACAAAAAAACAAAACCACAGCAAACAGGAACUGUAACAAAGUAUUAGUUUCUAACUCAACACAAUUUUUGAUUAAAGAAGUGUUUCUUUGAACAUAACGAUGAAUUAAGCAUAAUUUCAGUAUAGCUGAUGGGGUAUUUUGUUUGCAUACAAUUUGGCUAAGCCAAAAAUACACUGUGGAGGGACAAGGACUACCUCGAAGGGUUGUUGUGAGGAUUUAUUGAAAAAGGCAGUAUUCCGUGUAAAGUCAGGAUAAAAAAAGGGCCUCUCUUGGGUUCACUCAAAUCAAGCGGACCUGUGGAAAAUAUUUACCACCACCCCCUGCAAGUAAAUGAACUUGGCUGUUAUGGGGGGGGGCAGGUUGGGGUAUUUUUCUCGUGGGCUGAGAUGUCCCUGAGCCUUGUUUGCACCAUCCUCUGCUAUGGAUUCCUUCCUUGGAGGUUUUUAAAGAGAGGCUGGAUGGCCACCUGCCAGGGAUUCUUCGCCUGUCAUUCCUGCAUUGCGGGGGGCUAGUUGAGAUGGCCAUUGGGGUCUCUCACACUACACUCUGCAAAUGAACGGCUUUUCCUUUCCUUUGCCAGCCUUCCUCACCCGCAGCCAGAUAGCCUGCCCCCUUCCCCUGUGGCAACUCCACCCUCCACCACUGUAGCCACACGGGCGAGAAAAAAAUCUGUUCCAGGCAAACUCCAGCCCUCCAGAUGUUAGGGACUACAAUUCCCAUCAUCCCUAGCUAACAGGACCGGCCGCCAGGGAUGAUGGGAGUUGUAGUGCCAAACAUCUGGAGGGCCGGAGUUUGCCUAUGCCUAGGCUAAGCACUGCCAGCUUCAAUAAAUGAAAAAUGUACGUUAAAAAAAUCGGGGAAGCCAGUACUCCCAGGACGGCCAAUGACAAGGAAGUGAGCCAUGGGUGCUAAAUAAAUGCCGCCAGAGUGUUGUGGGUUAAGUGUUCCCAAUGAAAUAGGGGGGGGGGGAUGCAGGGUUCGCUUCCACUGUGCUGGAUCGGGGCCGUUGUACAGAUUCAGAAAAACCACUGAAGCGAGUGUGUUUUAACGGUCGAGUGGAAGUGAUGGAUGGCAGUCUUUCUGCCCAGCAGAAGGGAAGUUAAAAAGGGAGUAGCUCUCAACUCUCAAGGAGAGCCCAAGUCCUGCAUUGACGGGGCGGGGGGGGCGUGUCUGGAUUCGGCCGCCUGCAGCCCACCCACCCGCUCUCCAAUUCCAUGUUUCCAAGUCAACACGAGGGGUCAGGGGUCUCCACAGCUCCCACCACCCCAAGCUCCUGAGCUGUUCCCCCAAAGUGGCUUGCUGACUUGCACUGUUCAUUCCUGCCUUCUCCUGUAAGUGGCGAUGUUCUUCGCAGCUUUUUAUUUUAAAAAAGGAAAAUGUUUCUUUAAUCAAAACUUGUCAUAACUGCAAAGUUAAUUUUUUAAGGGUUUUUGUUUUUUGUUUUUUUUUAGAGUAAAGGAAUAAAAGCUCCUGCGUUGAUUACUCUCCCCUGAUCCCCACCCUCAAAUUUUCUCUCCAAAAUGUAAUGAGAGUCAUUGUGCUAAUCAUGGAAAUAAAAGUCAAAGGUAUUGUGUA